AUGCCUCGUGCCAAGGUCCCGGUCCAUCAGAGGCAACGGGCCUUGGAGGCUUGUAAGGUCUGUCGAGAGGCAAAGAAGCGCUGCUCCGGCACUACCCCAUGCACACACUGUCUUCGCAGGGGGCUCGGAAAUUCGUGCUUCAUAUCGCAUCUCCCUCGUGCGCACAGGCGUUCGGUGGCAUUGGCCCAAGAGCAAGCUUCUCAAAGCGCUACCCCUGCCGCUAUUGCUCGGCGGGUCCCACAAUCAUCAUCAUCGAUGGGCGACAUCAGUCCGGUGGCCGACACGACCUGGGCUUCCGGGGGAGCCACGGGGUUCCGGCCUGUAUCGCCGUCUGAAUCUCGCAAUAGGGAGUCGACGGCGUCAGAUUCGGAUGUUGCUCCGCCAGAUGAGGGUUCUGGGGGGGAGUAUCCUUCAGCUAAGCCGCCGUCACGGAUGCUUCUAAAUCUGCGUGGUGAACGAGGUUCGUCUGCCUCUCAUUCGGCCCAGGGCGCAAAGCUGAUGAGUCGGGAAGCAGUCUACAUUGGCCGAGGUAGCUCUCUGUCCUUCCUUCAGCUGGUCAGGACAAUUGUCUCGGACCAUAUCGGGCCCUCGCAGUUCUCGCGAAAUGGAAGAAACGACACUAUGCUCGAAAAGGAGUCGCCAGAGCUGCGCGUGAGUGCGCCUAGUAUAAGCAACAUCAGUCCGGAGGCACGGCAGCAAUCUGCAGAGUGCUUUUACAGCGCGACGGGCGGCCUGAUCGAUGUAUUUCUCCCUGGGGAGCUGGAGGCGCUUCUCGAGUCUCCAGACUGCUUGAGCUGCUCAAACCUCGCUUUGGUAGAUCUGGUUGUGGCGAUAGGUCUCCAGUGCGAACCCUCACCAGACACUCACGAUCGAGAGCUGGCCUACUUCCGCGAGGCGCAGUCCCAGGCUUUCUCUGGGAUGCUCGAGGACCCUGAUAUCGACAUGGUCAGGUUAUUUCUCAUCAUGUCGUUCUACCUGCUUGGCGAGUGUCGACGCAACACGGCAUUCUUGUACCUGGGGAUCUCAGCCAGAGCCGCUGUCGCCCUGGGGCUACACUGCAGGGAGACCUACACAAAUAUAUGUAGCCCAAAACAUCAGCUGAGGUGGGAUAUCAUGUGCCUCCUGAGCAGAAAGAUUUUCGAACUCACUCCUUCCAACAGGCUGCGAGUAUGGAUGAGCUUGCGGGUGCUGGAUAUUGUGGUGAACUCAAUAUUGGGUCGGCCCAUUGCCACCGCCGGUAUGCACUCCGAUCUGCAACCGCUGAUCGAGGACGUCUUGUCCGAGUCGAAAGAUGGAGGGUUCAUAUGCCUAGGUGCUUCCUACGGCGUAGUAUCUAUCAUGAACGAGAUUGUUCACAGAAUCUACGAUAGGAAAGACGUCACAAUCGGAGCUGUCGAGGCCCUUCUCCGACGUCUCAACCAUUGGAGAGAGGACCUCCCCGACUCUCUCCUCACAGCACCUUCUUCAGACACGGAAUCAUCGUCGGGGAAGGAAUCCAUUGGAAGGGUUCACGUGUCGUGCAUAUAUUACUUCGCCGUCACUCUCGUCACCAGACCAAUAUUGGUGUCGACCCUUACCCAACAGGCUGCAAGCGGUCUUGUGCACCGUCAAUUAGCGUCAGCCUGUCUUGACGCUGCAAUGUUCAUGGUGCAGACGUGCACUGGUGCCCGGGACUCCAGCCUUCUGCAGGCAAACAUGUGUAUCCUCAAGGCCACCAUAUUUCUAGCUGGUCUAGUGCUCGGGUUUGAGGUGUUUGCCAAAGCCGCUGUCGACUUCGGAAUUGGGUCAGCCUUCUAUGAAGCCCGUGACCUUUUGGGAUGCCUCGGUGUCAAGAGUCCGCAGGCCGCUCUCUACCACGACAUCUUGACGUCCCUCGCCAGUGAUAUAAACCGAUACCACCAGCGUUCCUCAUUCAACGGUGGAAGAAGUACGUAUGUACACAAACUUUUUCAGUUCAGCUCACGGAAAGAUGGUACCGGGGGAAAUGCAGUGGGAACUAGCAGUCCAUGGCAGAGUGGCGGCGGAGGUAAAGACGACGAGAUAUCUGUACCACUGACAGACGAUAGUCAUAGAGUUAUCAUGGAUGAUGUUAUGGCUGGUUGGUCUCAAGGGCAGGAUGCGCCUGGGGCAUCUAGUGAGAUCCUCCUCGACUGGGAUAGUCUCGAUAUUUCCCAAUGGGAGAAUUUCGCAUACCCCCCUUGA